AAAUCAAAAUCAUCAGAAUAAAAAGGGAAUAAGGGGUUUUAGAAACACACAAAGCGCUCUCACAUAUCUCUAAUCUAGGGUUUCACUUUCUCUCUUCCGUGCUUCCAAAUCCCAAUCCCAAAAAUUCGAAUUCUGAAUCCAUGGAAUCACCUGGAAAAGACCAUAUGAUUGGAAGCGGAGAACAAAACGACGUUGGUAGAGUCUUUAACCACAGAGAUGAACACGAACAUGAACAACAACACCAUAACUCUCAACCCCUAACCGGUGAUGGUGCAAGUCCUGGAAAGAUAUUUAUAGGCGGUUUAGCGAGAGAAACGACAAUUGCUCAAUUUAUCAAACACUUUGGUAAAUAUGGUGAGAUUACUGAUUCCGUAAUCAUGAAGGACAGGAAAACUGGGCAGCCUCGUGGAUUCGGGUUUAUUACUUAUGCUGAUCCGUCGGUGGUUGAUAAAGUCAUUGAAGAUUCUCAUAUCAUCAAUGCCAAACAAGUUGAGAUUAAGCGGACUAUACCAAGGGGAGCUGUUGGCUCUAAGGAUUUUAGGACAAAGAAAAUAUUUGUAGGUGGUAUCCCUUCACAUGUGACUGAAGAUGAAUUCAGAGACUUUUUCACACGCUAUGGAGAAGUCAAAGAUCACCAAAUAAUGCGGGACCACGCUACCAAUAGAUCCCGUGGCUUUGGGUUUGUUACCUUUGACACUGAGGAAGCUGUUGAUGAUCUUCUAUCUAUGGGGAACAAGAUUGAGUUUGCUGGCACUCAGGUGGAAAUCAAGAAGGCUGAACCAAAAAAGGCAAACCCACCACCUCCAUCAUCUAAGCGCUACAAUGACUCAAGGUCUUCCUACGGCAGUGGUGGGUAUGGCGAUGCUUAUGAUGGAUUUGGCGGUAGCUUUGGUGCUGGUAGUGCUUACAGCAGGUCAGGCAGUGUCUAUGGUGGUAGGGGAGGUCCUUAUGGUGGUUAUGGAAGUGAAUUUGCUGGCUAUGGGGGAUAUGCUGGAGCUAUGGGAGGACCCUACAGAGGAGAUCCUUCCCUAGGGUAUGCCGGUCGUUAUGGUGGUAGCUUUAGCAGAGGCUAUGAUCUUAGUGGGUACGGGGGACCUGGUGAGAGUUACGGAGCAUAUGGUGGUGCUGGUGGCGGAGCUGCGGCUGGAGGCGGUUCUUCCGGUGCUGGUGCGUAUCAAGGUGGCUACGAUGCCAGCCUUGGAGGUGGUUAUGGAGGAGGAGCUAGUGGAGGCUCCUUCUAUGGGAGCCGAGGAGGAUAUGGUGGCGCCGGUCGAUAUCAUCCGUAUGGAAGAUAGAAGCGCAUUUUUAAUCUAGGAGCGCAUCAAAUCAAGUUUGUAGUUUGUGGUUGGGGUUCCUCAAUUAGGCUACAUAUUUUUAAUUUUUUUUAAGAUGUUAAGGAAACUUACAUUUAUUAAGACACCUGUUUCUUGUCAGCUCUAGUAGUCUAAACAAAUUUUCCUGAAGACCCUUUAGUCUGUUCUGUGAUUGAUGUAAAAGCUGCAAAUGUGCAGAUGAUUGUAUUUUAAAUCCUUUUCGAUUUUACUUGUGAAAUUUCUUA